CACUGAAACCUUGUAACGUGUGGGAAUAGGUUACUGUAUAAAUUGUGUACUUUAGUAGAGCAUCAACUUUGAACUGAGCUACACAUGUACAGCACAAAGAUGGGCUCGAAUGUGAAGAUUAUCGGUAUCUCAGUGGCAGCGUUUGUGCUACUGACAAUCUCAAUGUAUGGAGGUCUAUCCUUUGCUGUGUGGAAUCUACAUAGCCAAGUUUCUGAAUUACGAGGCUUUGUCGGAGCUAAUCCGAACCCCCACUCGAGUGAUGAAGCCACAGUGAUGGACACACUAAAGCGACUAACUCGACAAUCCGGCUCCUCUCAAAGUGCUACUGAUCUACUUGCUGAUGCUCUGGCAGAACUAAUUGAAAAGAAACUCUACACUAUAAUGGAAUGUGCUAGAGAUGACGCUGAUAAUUUAACCGACUGUUCGCUCAAGCCAGGUCCAAAGGGGGACAAGGGAUGCCUGGGUGAUCAAGGUAAAGAAGGCCCUCAGGGAAUGAACGGAGAGCCUGGGGUCAUAGGACUCAGCGGACACAAUGGUUACCCUGGUUACCCUGGUCAUAAAGGGGAGGUGGGUCCAAAGGGUCCUAUCGGCAAUCCCGGCCCAAUGGGGCACCGAGGGGUUAAAGGAGAUAUGGGCGAGAUCGGUCAACGAGGUGAGGCGGGGGUUAAAGGUGACAAAGGUAUGAAAGGACAUUAUGGUUUCCCUGGACACAAAGGCGAGAGUGGCGGGCCAGGUGCCAAGGGAGUUAAAGGAGAUCGAGGCUUUGGAGGCAAUAAUGGACAAAAGGGAGAGAAAGGAAUGACAGGGGUGCAAGGUCCACCGGGACCUAUUCCCACCACACAACCACCAACUACUGGAGCAAUGACUACACAACCACCAACUACUGGAGCAAUGACUACACAACCACCAACUACUGGAGCAAUGACUACACAACCACCAACUGUUCCCUCUGAGAGGUGUGGUGGUCCUGGAUGGAGGAAGGUGGCAUUCAUUGAUAUGACUAAUACUAGCCAAAACUGCCCUCAAGGACUAACACUGACUGGCUACUCAAAACGAUCAUGUGGUGCAGCACAUUCGAAUGUAUACGGUUGUUCAUCAGUCACCUUUCCUGUUGGUGGGGGUCAAUACAGUCGAGUGUGUGGGAGAGCUAAGGCUUAUCAGUGGGGCAGCUUGCUGUCCUUUUAUGGGUAUCACCAAUACUCACGUGGUAUCAAUGCACAGUACGUUGAUGGACUAAGCUUCACUCAUGGAACACCCAGGACACACAUUUGGACAUUUGCAGCUGGUUACUAUCAAACAAUCACUACUAAUAAUAACUAUAGAUACCAUCGCUGUCCUUGUAACCCAGGCAACACCGACGGCUCCCCUCCUUUUGUUGGUAAUGACUAUUUCUGUGAGAGUGGCGCCAGCUCUUCUUCACGUGGACAUAGCAUAUUUUUCCUUGAUGAUCCACUCUGGGAUGGUCAGGGAUGUAUCCAUGGCAACCCGUGCUGUCAAUUGAACAACCCACCGUGGUUUAACCAAACACUACCAACCCCCACAACUGAUGAUAUUGAAAUGAGACUAUGCAUGAAUAAUCCUGCGACUCAUGCUAACAUUGCUCUUGAACAAAUGGAACUAUACGUCUACUGAUGAACUAGAUACACUGAACAUUGAUCUAACUCUGUUAGCUACUGAUUUACAAUUAUUGUGACGGUCAUAGAUAUUACCGAAAACCUUUGUGAAUGUGCUGAAAGUUUGACAAUUUAAUUGCGUUCUAACUUUU